AUGGCACCCUUACUCAUGAAAGGCGUCGGCCUCGUCACAGGAGCCGGUUCUGGGAUCGGGCGAGCCUGUGCUAAGAUUCUUGUCGAAGAAGGAUGCACGAGACUCGUCCUCUCGGAUUUGGCCCAGGCCAGCCUGGAGCAGGUCUCACGAGAGCUGAACGACAUCGACCCUACCGUAGAAACUGUUUUGUUCAUCGGUGACAUGUCCAAAGAGGCCGAUGUCAAUCGAAUGGUAGAAGAGGGCGUUUCCAAAUUUGGAGCUAUUCACUAUUGCAUUAACAGUGCUGGUGUGACAAGCAAACCAAGGCAGCGAACGCACGAAUUGGAGACGGCAGCCUUCGACCGAGUCAUGAACAUCAACCUAAGAGGCCUAUGGCUAUGCGAACGUGCGCAGAUCCGCCAAUUUCUCAAGCAACCAGCCACGCUCAAAACUCGCAAUCACCCUGAGACGAUUGCUUUCCAGCGAGGAGCCAUUGUGAACAUCAGUAGCAUCUUUGGCAUAACGGCUCAUGCGACCGCCGGAGCUUAUCCCGCCUCGAAAGCCGGGGUGUUGGGGCUUACAAGGACGGAUGCUGUAGCUUAUGCGGAGGACGGAAUUAGAGUCAACGCCAUAUGUCCUGGCUUUAUCAACACCCCCUUGGUGGAACAGGCUAGAGCAGCAGGCGUAGAGUACAACAGGCUCGUUAGUCUCAUCCCUUUUCGACGGAUGGGUGCUGCAGAGGAGCUAGCAGAAGCGGCAGUGUGGUUAGCCAGUGAACGGGCAAGUUAUGUUAGCGGUGUAGAACUGCCGGUGGAUGGUGCUUGGGUUAGAGCGUGCAAUACAUGA